CCAAGGCCAGGGUGCUGGACGUGGCCGCCGGGACGGGCUGCGUGGGCCGCGAACUCCACCGGGAAGGCUUCAGGCACAUAGACGCUGUGGACCCGUCGGAGGGCAUGAUGAAGCAGCGGGAGACUGGCAUCUAUACCAACGACUUCCUGGAGCUUAUCGGCAGCGGACACUCCACCGUGCCCAAAGGAGGUUUCGUGAUCAUCGUGAUGCGCCAUGAGUUCCUACAGACCGUGCCUUCCUACAAGGACAAACUGGAGCCUUACAUGGACCAGCUGGAGGCGGACGGGAAGUGGAAGAAGGUAGGGAGCACCGUUGCCAGAUUAUCGUACUCAGAGCAUUGUAUUUACCGUUUUUUGACACCUAACUAUUGCAAAGAAACAUCAGGAAUUAACUAUUUUAACGAUAUAUAUAAAUGA